AUGAUUAGACAGCGAUUUAUUAGAAAACCUAAUAAACCGUUGGAACACGCAAGACCGGUAACCAUAGCAACGCGGUAAACAAACCUCGCAAAGCCCGAUCCAGGUCUUACUGAAGGCAAUUAAUGGUCAAAAUAUUAUUAAUAAAUAUUUGAAUAUAUUCGAAUAUAUUCGAAUAUUAAUAAACAAACAAACUUCGAAUAGGAUUUUUGGGCAAAAGUCAAAGCCCUAGCCCAGAUGAAGGGGUCACUUAUCACCUCAUCAUUGUGCCUCUCCUCCUGAUGGGGAUUCCAAUGGACGUUCCUUGGGAACAAAAUAUUGCUGUGCUUUCAGAAAACCUGUUCACAGUUCGCCGGAAUCAAGUUUCCUCUCUGGAUCGAGAUGCUUAUUUGAAAAAAUACACAUUCACAGUUUUAAUCUGAAAUAACAGUAGUGAAUAUGGAAAUGUACUUAUCUCUGGGUGAAUUCAAUCACGGGAGGUAUACUGCGAUGUAAGCACAUAUUGUUCUGUCAGAAGCAGUCCAGAGCCUGUUUAGUCUGUGUAAUGACUGGUGUUCCCUGUCUCUUCCUGCAGGAGUGCGCCCAGUACUUUCUCGAAGUGAAGGAUAAAGACAUCAAGCACUCGCUGGCGGGGCUGUUUGUGGAGAUCCUGGUGCCCGUGGCAGCUACUGUGAAGAACGAGGUGAACGUGCCCUGUCUGCGCAACUUUGUGGAGAGCCUGUACGACACCACGCUGGACCUGUCAUCGAGGAAGAAGCACUCCCUGGCUCUGUAUCCUCUGGUCACCUGCCUGCUGUGUGUCAGCCAGAAGCCGCUCUUCCUCAGUCGCUGGUACAUCUUCCUCAACAACUGUCUCUCCAACCUCAAGAACAGAGAUCCAAAGAUGGCGCGUGUGGCUCUGGAGUCCCUAUACCGUCUGCUCUGGGUCUACAUGAUCCGGAUCAAGUGUGAGAGCAACACGGGAACACAGAGCCGCCUGACCUCAAUCACCUCCACGCUGUUCCCCAAGGGCAGCCGCAGCGUGGUCCCCCGGGACAUGCCUCUCAACAUCUUCGUCAAGAUCAUCCAGUUCAUCGCCCAGGAGAAGCUGGACUUUGCAAUGAAGGAGAUCAUCUUUGAUCUGCUGAGUGUUGGGAAGCCCGCCAAAGCCUUCAGUCUCAACCCAGAGCGUAUGAACAUCGGCCUGCGGGCCUUCCUGGUGAUCGCCGACGCCCUGCAGCAGAAGGACGGCGAGCCCCCCAUGCCCAACACGGGGGCCACGCUGCCCUCGGGGAACUCCCUGAAGAAGAAGAAGACCUACCUGAGCAAGACCCUCACCGAGGAGGAGGCCAAGCUCAUAGGCAUGUCGUUGUACUACUCCCAGGUGCGGAAGGCCUUGGACAGCAUCCUGAGACACCUGGACAAGGAGGUGGGUCGCUGCAUGAUGCUGACCAACGUCCAGAUGCUCAACAAGGAGCCCGAGGACAUGAUCACCGGGGAGAGGAAGCCAAAGAUCGAUCUGUUCCGGACCUGCGUGGCUGCCGUCCCCCGCAUCCUGCCCGACGGCAUGUCCAAACCCGAGCUCAUCGAUCUGCUCUCCCGGCUGACGGUCCACAUGGACGACGAGCUGCGCCUCAUCUCCCAGAACUCCCUGCAGAGCCUGCUGCUGGACUUCUCCGACUGGAGGGAGGACGUGCUCUUCGGUUACACCCACUUCCUGCUGCGGGAGGUGCAGGACACUCAGCAGGGCCUGCAGGAUGCCUCGGUCAAGCUGCUGCUCCAGCUGCUCACCCAGUGGCGGCUGGCCCUGCAGCUCCAGGGGAAGAGCCGUCGAGGGGCCGACGCCAGCCCUCGGCUGCCCGAUCGCAGCCCUCACGGCUCCGUCCUCCACGCCGUGGAGGGCCUGGCCCUGCUGCUGCUCUGCUCCUGUCAGAUCAGCACCAGGAAGCUAGCCGUGGGCGUGCUGCGGGAGAUACGCUGCCUCUUCACCGCCCUGGGCCGCGCUGAGGACGAUGACAAACCCAUGAUAGACAUCAUGGACCAGCUCAGCCCGGCCGUCAUGGAGAGCUUCGUCCACGUGGCCGUGUCCGACUCGGCCACCCUGCCCCUCAGCCACACGGUGGACCUGCAGUGGCUGGUGGAGUGGACGGCCCGGCUGGUCAGCAGCAGCUACGACGUCAAGAGCCCCAGCCACGUGUGGAUCUUCGCCCAGUGCGUGAAGGACCCCUGGGUGCUCUGCCUGCACAGCUUCCUGCGCCAGGAGCACCUGCCCAAGCACUGCCCCGUCGCCCUGGGUUACGCCUGGCCCUACGCCUUCACCCGCCUGCAGCUGCUGCUCCCGCUGGUGGACCCCAACAGUCCGGUGAACGCCAAGAAGACGAGCACGGCGGGCUCCAGCGAGAGCUACACGCCGCUGUGGAGGAACUACCUGAUCCUGUGUCUGGGCGUGGCCAAGCCCAGCAUCAUGUCCCCCGGACACCUGCGCGCCUCCACCCCCGAGAUCACCGCCACCACGCCCGACGGCAGCGUGGCCUACGACAACAAGGUGAUAGGCACCCCCUCGGUGGCCUGGUUGUUGAAGCAGCUGGUGCCGCUGAUGAGGGCCGAGAGCCUGGAGAUCACAGAGUCCCUGGUGCUGGGGUUCGGACGCACCAACGCCCUGGUGUUCAGGGAGUUAGUGGAAGAACUCCAUCCAUUGAUGAAAGAAGCCCUUGAACGAAGGCCAGAGAACAAGAAACGGCGGGAGAGGAGAGACCUGCUCCGGCUGCAGCUGCUGCGCAUUUUUGAACUGCUGGCCGACGCGGGAGUGAUCAGCGACAGCACCAACGGGGCCCUGGAGCGUGACUCCCUGGCGCUGGGGGCCCUGUUCCUGGAGUACGUGGACCUGACCCGCAUGCUGCUGGAGGCGGAGAACGAGAAGGAGCUGGACGUCCUGAAGGACAUCCGGGCCCACUUCAGCGGCAUGGUGGCCAACCUCAUCCAGUGUGUCCCUGUCCACCACAGACGCUUCCUCUUCCCCCAGCAGUCUCUGAGGCACCACCUGUUCAUCCUCUUCAGCCAAUGGGCCGGCCCCUUCAGCAUCAUGUUCACGCCCCUGGAUCGCUAUAGCGACCGCAACCACCAGAUCACACGCUACCAAUACUGUGCUCUGAAGGCCAUGUCGGCCGUGCUCUGCUGCGGGCCCGUCUUCGACAACGUGGGCCUGUCCAACGACGGCUACCUGUACAAGUGGCUGGACAACAUCCUGGCCUGCCACGACCUCCGGGUUCACCGGCUGGGCUGUGAGGUGGUCAUCCUGCUGUUGGAGCUGAACCCAGACCAGGUGAACCUGUUCAACUGGGCCGUGGACCGCUGCUUCACAGGGUCCUACCAGCUGGCCUCAGGCUGCUUCAAGGCCAUCGCCACCGUGUGUGGGAACAGGAAUUACCCAUGUGACCUCAUUACCUUGCUCAACCUGGUGUUGUUCAAGGCCUCUGACACCAGCAGGGAAAUCUAUGAGAUCUCAAUGCAGUUGAUGCAGGUGCUGGAGUCCAAGCUGUGUGUGUACUCCAAGCGGAUGGUGGAGCAGAAGCCCGGUAACAUCCUGUACGGGACGCACGGGCCGCUGCCCCCGCUGUACAGCGUCAACCUGGCCCAGCUGUCCCACCAGCUGGCCAGCAUGUACCCCGAGCUCACCCUGCCGCUGUUCUCAGAGGUCAGCCAGAGGUUCCCCACCACCCAUCCCAACGGCCGGCAGACCAUGCUCUCCUACCUGCUGCCCUGGCUGAGCAACAUGGAGCUGCUGGACACGGGCCUGCUGCCCCCCGCCUCCAGCCCCUGCACCCCCGAUGAGGAGCAGCGCACCCGGGCCCACGUCCUGGGGCUGUCCCCCUGUCUGCGGGGCAACGGCUGGGGCUCGCUGCAGGCCACGUCGCUGGUGCUCAACAACCUCAUGUUCAUGACCGCCAAGUACGGAGACGAGGUCCCCGGUCCCGAGAUGGAGAACGCGUGGAACGCGCUGGUGUCCAACGAGCGCUGGAGCAACAACGUGCGCGUGGCGCUGCAGUUCCUCAUCAGCCUGUGCGGCGUGAGCAGCGACACCACCCUGCUGCCCUACAUCAAGAAGGUGGUGGUGUACCUUUGCCGUAACAACACCAUCCAGACGAUGGAGGAGCUGCUGUUUGAGCUGCAGCAGACGGAGCCCGUCAACCCCGUGGUGCUCCACUGCGACAACCCCCCCUUCUACCGCUUCGCCGCCAGCAACAAGGGCUCCGUCUCCCACACAGGCACGGCCUCCAGCUGUAGCACGGUGGUGGUGGGGCAGGAGAACUUCCCCGACACCGAUGAGACCAAGCUGGCCAGGGAGAGCGAAGAAAGGGCCAGGGCUCACAAUCGCCUGGAGUCGCGCUACAGCAACAGCUCUGGAGGAUCCUACGAGGACGAGAAGACGGACCUCCUCCCUCCGUACGCCGGUUGGGUGCUGAGCGUCCUGGAGACCAAUCGGCCGAAGCCGCUGCCCAUGCCCGUCAACGGAGGCUGCUGGGCCCCGCUGGUCGACUACCUACCAGAGACCAUCACCCCCCGGGGGCCCCUGCACAGGUGUAACAUAGCUGUGAUCUUCAUGACGGAGAUGGUGGUGGACCACAGUGUCAGAGAGGACUGGGCCCUACACCUGCCACUGCUGCUGCACGCUCUCUUCCUGGGUCUGGACCACUACCGGGUAGAGGUGUUUGAACACAGCAAGCGUCUUCUGCUACACCUCCUCAUCGCCCUGUCCUGCAACAACAACUUCCAGGUCAUAGCCUCAGUGCUGAUGCUCACCAGGGAGAUCAGUGACAACAAGACCCUCACCGUCAAGUCCAGCUACCACGGAGAUUACCAGGCCUCCAGCACCCCAGACUUCCUGCGGGAGUGGCAGUCGUCCCCGGUGGCGGACUCUGGGCUGUGCUCCACCUCCCACUCGUCCUCGGCCAGCCUGGCGGGGGGCAGCAGCACGGGGGGCAGCGUGGGCCACCUGCCCCUGGUCACCCCCGACGACCUGGACGACCUGGACGAGCACCCCACCGAGACGGACGAGAAGACCAACAAGCUCAUCGAGUUCCUCGCCACCAGAGCGUUCGGACCCCUCUGGGUGCACGAGGACAUCACGCCCAAGAACCCCAACUCCAAGAGCAGCGAGCAGCUCACCAACUUCCUGCGCCACGUCAUCUCCGUGUUCAAGGAGUCCACGUCCGACUUCCACCUGGAGCAGCAGCUGAGUGACGUGGCGCUGCAGACGGCGCUGUGCAGCUCGUCCCGCCACUACGCCGGCCGCUCCUUCCAGGUGUUCCGCGCGCUGAAGCAGCCCAUCAACGCCCACGCCGUCUCCGACCUGCUGUCGCGCCUCGUCGAGGUGGUGGGCGAGCACGGAGACGAAGUGCAGGGCUAUGUAAUGGAGGUGCUGUUGACUCUGGAGUCGGUUGUGGUGAACCUCGCUGAGUGUCUGAAGAACAGUGACCUCAUGGCGGCUCUCACCAGGACUUCCUCUCCGGAGUUCCUGCCCAACGACAAGCUGAUGAACCGGAAGAGCACGGGCAUGCUGAACUUCCCGGGGCCGGGCUUCAUGGGCCUGUCGUCCCAGCGCCACCAGCGUUCCUACUCCGUACCCAAGAAGUUCGGGGACAGCGCACACCACCCCAACGACCCGCCGCGCAGCGCCACGCUGGACCGCAUCCAGGCUUGCAGCACUCACGGCCUGGCCAGACCAGGAAGAACCCCCGGGUCCUGCACCUCCUCGACCAAUCGCAUCGACCCCAGCGUGCUGUCUGACCCCGCCCACGUCUCCCACCCCUCCUCCAUAUUGGCCACAGUGUUCUGGGUCGCCGUGUCGCUCAUGGAGUCCGACUUUGAGUUUGAGUAUCAGAUGUCGCUCCGCCUGGUCCACAAACUCCUGUCCAAGGUUCCCCUGGACCGGGCGGAGAACCGGGAGCGGCUGGAGAAGCUGCAGGCCCAGCUGAGGUGGAGCGGCUUCUCGGGGCUGCAGCAGCUGCUGCUGAAGGGCUUCACCUCGCAGGCCACCUUCGACCAGACGCUGCAGCUCUUCUGCCAGCUCACCCCCGUGUCCCGCGUGCCCGUGGUGGACACCUCCCAGGCCAUCGGGUUCCCCCUCAACGUGCUGUGUCUGCUGCCCCACCUGGUGCAGCACUUCGGCCACCCCAGCCAGUUCUGUAAGGAGAGCGCCGAGCGCAUCGCCCAGGUGUGUCUGGUGGAGAAGCACACCAAGCUGUCCCACCUGGCCCACGUGAUGACGCUGUACAAGACGCGCUCGUACACGCGGGACCCCUUCUCCUGGCUCAGCGUGGUGUGCCGAUACCUGCACGAGGCCUUCGCCAGCGUCACGCUCAACAUGGUCACCUACAUGGCCGAGCUUCUGGAUAAGGGUUUACCCAGCAUGCAGCAGUCGCUGCUCCAGAUCAUCUACUGUCUGCUGAGUCACAUGGACCUGACGGCCGUCCAAGUGAAGCAGUUCAACGCCGACGUCCUCAAGACCAUCGAGAAAUUCGUCCAGACGGUGCACUGGAAGGACGCGCUGAACAUCCUGAAGCUGGUUGUGUCCCGUUCGGCCAGCCUGGUGCACCCCUCCUACGGCCAGAACCAGAACCAGGGGGACCUGUCCAACCUGGAGGUCAGCCGCGUGUGGGACGGCUCGGCCAAGGCCCUGCCCGGCAAGACCCUGGACUUCACCUUCGACAUCUCUGAGACGCCGGUGAUCGGCCGGCGCUUCGACGGGCUGCAGGGGUCGGGCGGCCGGGAGGGGAAGACCCGGGCCAUGGCGGUGACCCGAAGCACCUCCUCCACCUCCUCCGGCUCCAACUCCACCAACGUCCUGGUGCCCGUCAGCUGGAGGCGGCCGCAGUCCUCCCAGAAGAGAACCAGAGAGAAGCUGGUUAACGUUCUGUCUCUCUGUGGACAAGAAGUCGGACUGACCAAGAACCCGUCUGUGAUCUUCUCGUCGUGCGGCGACCUGGACCUGAUGGAGGUCCGGGAGAGCGGAGUCUCCUCGGAGGAGGGCGGGACCCGGGACGACACGCUGGACGACACGGCCAGCGAACAGCAGUUCAGAGUCUUCAGGGACUUCGACUUCCUGGACGUUGAGCUGGAGGACGGCGAGGGCGAGAGCAUGGACAACUUCAACUGGGGCGUGAGGCGGCGGUCCCUGGACAGCACGGAGCUGGGCGACCUGCUGGAGGAGAGCCAGCACUCGGGCAGCACGCCCAGCCUGGGCCACGAGGACGCCCACGACUCGGACGAGUCCUCGGAGGAGGAGGAGUCGUCCACCAGCCAGAGCCUCUCGCACUCCCAGCUCACCAACCCGUCCCCGUCGGAGGAGACCAACCCGACGGACUCCUUCCUGUCCACGCUGUCCACGUCCUACGACACGUCGGCCGACCCCCAGUCCUUCAGCGCCACCACGCCGGGCCAGGCGGGAGCCCGCUACGACCUCGGCAGCCUGCAGGGCGGGGUGUGCGGGGAGGACGAGGACACCCAGGGCCACGACGACGACCUGUCGCUGAGCAACAACGAGCUGCCCCAGGGCUCGGACUGCGGGGAGAGCUUCACCCUGGAGCUCACGGGCUCCGGGUCCCUGGACCUGCUGCAGGCCAGCCCCCUCUACUGCCAGCCCCCGCUGGGCUUCCUGGACCCCAACUGCCUGCCCAGCCUCCGCGACGACGCGGACGACCUGGAGGACUUGGGGUUUCCCCCGCCCCCCUCCCCCUUCUUCUCGGCCAUCCUGGCCGCCUUCCAGCCGAUGGUGUGUGACGACGCCGAGGAGGCCUGGCGUUGCCACGUCAACCAGCUGGUGACGGACUCGGACGGCUCCUGCGCCGUCUACACCUUCCACGUCUUCUCCUCGCUCUUCCAGAACAUCCAGGGGAAGUUCUGCACGCUGACCACGGACGCCGCCACCUACCUGGGGGAGGGGCUGCGGGGGAUCGGCUCCAAGUUCCUCCGCUCCUCCCAGAUGCUGACCACCUGCUCGGACUGCCCCACCAUCUACAUCGACGCAGACACGAUCAUGUCCUACGGGCUGCUGGAGAAGAUGAAGUUCAGCGCCCUGGAGCUGCAGGAGUACCUGGACACCUACAACAGCCGGGAGGAGGCGGCCGUCAUGUGGUUGAGGAACUGUAGGGACACAUUUCCCAGAUGCCCCGGCGACAGUGUGGUCACCUGCCAGCCUGGCGAAUCAGAGGAAAAGCAAUUGGAGCUGUGCCAGCGCCUUUAUAAGCUCCACUUCCAGCUGCUGCUGCUCUUUCAGUCGUACUGCAAGCUGAUUGGCCAGGUCCACGCCGUCAGCUCGGUCCCUGAGCUGCUCAACAUGUCCCGCGAGCUGAGCGACCUGAAGACCAGCCUGCAGGCGGCCGAGGCGGCGGUGGCCAGCGACCUGGAGCUCACGCACCUGGCCCACGGCCACGCCAUCGCCCACGCCCACGGCCACAGCCACGCCCUCACCACCCAGGCAGCCGCCCCGCCCGUGCCCAGCUUCCAGAGCUCGGAGGCGGCCGUGCAGGCCAUCCUGGAGUGCCUGAAGAACCAGGAGUUCACCAAAGCCGUCCGCUACAUUCAGGAGAGCAGGAGGCAGUGGCCUGGUGGCGUGUUCGGCGGCGGCUCGGAGAGCGAGGUGCAGACGCUGCUCAACGCCUUCUUCCGGCACCAGACGCUGGGCCAGACGGGCACCAUCGCGCUGGUGGGCUCGCGCCAGGACCUCAGCCUCAUCUGCUCCAAGCUGCUGGAGCUCAACGGGGAGAUCCGCGAGAUGAUCCGCCGCGCCCAGGACUACCGCGUGGUCACCACCUACCUCCCCGACUCCAGCGCCUCCGGGACCAGCCUCUGA